UGCGGUAUCGCGUCGAAGCUUUCUCAGGUUUAGAUUUGCAGCUACAAUACACGCUGGCGGUUUUGAAUUAUUUUUUGUGUCGAUAUAAAGUGGUUGCAUAGCUAUUGGGAAAACUAACCGUAGUAGUGAUAUCUUUGUAGAACUGUCGACUCUUUAUAACAGUGGCAAGAAAAAGCGAAUAUUGAAACUAAAUGACAUUACGGCGCUGAAAUGGCAUGCUUCCCGCCUAGUUAGGACCAGCCCAGGUGAAUGCUAAGGUUGAAGAUUGUGAUCAACGAUGGAAGAAGCCAAAGAAAUGGACUUUGACUUUAAAUGUGUUGAAGAGUGUAAGAUUGGUGAUUAUGAGCCUAUGGCAUAUGAGGAGGACAACCAAUCAAUGCCUGACGGUGUGAAUUUUGCUGUCGUCACCUUGCAAGAUACAGAUGAAGUAAUGGUAGUAGCAUCAGACUGGUUGAGCACAGACCAGAAACAAUGUUACUGGCCCCCAUUCAAAUCCACAGAGAAGUACGUGGAAGCAGUUAAGAAAAAUCUUGAGCCUUCAACAGGAUGGAAACCAUGGGAGAAAUUAAAUGUGAUCUUUCAUGCAGAAUAUGACACUUAUGAGGAGGCUGUAAAUAACAAAGUGGAACAAAAAGCACUGAAAGAUGGGCUGAUCUUGUAUAAAGUUGUUACCUUGCACAAAUCAAAUGAGCUUACAGUGAUACCAGCAACAUGGCUGAAUGAAGAAAGGACACAAUGUUAUUGGCCGCCAUUUAAGUCACCAGAGAAGUGCACAGAAGCUGUAAAGUACAGACUUGAUCCUCCUGUAACAGUCAAAAAACCAUGGGAGUUGUUAAAUAUUCAAGCUCACAUGGAAUGUGAAAUCGAGACUUCCAUUUAUGUACAGUCCUUGGUCAUGAGAGAAACCUGGGGGGUAUUCCAAAAAGCAGGUUAUGUGACAUACCCGGGUAUGAUUGAGGAUAAACGAGUGGAUAACCUCAGCUUUCGGUUCCAAAAUCGGAGGGAUGCCAUUUCAAAGAUGGAUAAUAUUUGUGACAACAAAAAGAUAACAAUAGGGGUUUUUGGAAAAUCUGGACAAGGAAAGAGCUCCCUGUUAAAUGCAAUUCUGGGGAAAAGGAAUCUAUUGCCAUCUAGUUGUUUUGGUGCCUGUACAUCUGUUGUUACUCAGGUGCAAGCCAAUCUGAAGGACUCCAACUACAUAGCAGAGAUUGAACUCUUCUCUAAAGAGGAGUGGGAGAAAGAGCUCAACGAUCUUUUCAGAGUUUUGUUGGAUGAAAAUGAGGACAGGGAUGAGGACUUGGAAACUAAAGUAGAAAAGAUCACUGCACUGUAUGGAGCUGAUGCAGAUAAGAAAACAUUAGAAGAGCUCAAGAAAGAUGACAAAUAUGCCGAGAUUGAAAAUGUUUUGUCUGGCAGUAAGAAAGCAAUCUCAAACAGUGAUGUCUCUGCAUUUGCCAAUGAUGUUGCAAGUUACAUACAACACAGCAAGUCAAGUACUGGUCACUGCUACUGGCCACUUGUGAAGAGUGUGACGAUCAAGAUACCAGACUGUCGUGAACUCCUGGAGCACAUUGUGCUUCUUGAUCUUCCUGGGACUGGAGACUGCAACAAGAUUAGAAAUGACCUGUGGAAAACUAAACUGAGAGAGUGCUCUUCUGUCUGGAUUGUAAGUAAUAUCAAUCGAGCAAUUGAUGACAGAGACCCCUGGGGGAUAAUACAGCACUGCAUUCAAGACCUGGGACCAGGAGGAGAGUGCAAAAACAUCAACUUCAUCUGCACCAGAACUGAUGACAUUGAUCCGGAGGAAUAUCUACGAUCUGUACCUGAACUCUCUGAAGACCAAAAAUCUUCAGACAAGAAACUGAAGAAAGUGUGCAUACUUCAUAGAAACAACUGUGCAAAGAAAAAUGUGAAAAGGAAGUUUGAAAAUCUUGAAAUCACGAAAUCAAAAGUCAGUUUCAUCACUGAUGUUUUCACUGUCAGCUCCAAGGCAUACUUAGAUACAAAUCUACAUCUGGAACCUGUUGAAACAGAAAUCCCAAAUCUGCAGGGCAUUCUGAAGAGAACUAACAGGAGAAUUAACCGAGAACUGACCAGCGAUUGUGUCAAUGAAGCAAAUGGAGUUUUGUCCUUCAUCCAAAGUGUCCAACUACAUUCAGAUAAAAAAAUGGGGGAGAUACAAGCUGUAGUCAAGGCUUUGCAGAAGAACCUAGCAAAGGCACUGAAUGUGUUGGAUCAUCAGCUUAACUCACUUUAUAAGAUCAUGGAUCAAUGUCUCUCAAAAGGAGUGGAGAAAUCAGUGGAACUGUGUGUUGGCACCAAAAACGCCAUGAUUGCAUCUGUUACACCUGUAGAUAAAAGGGGAUUCCAUAAAAUCCUUCACACAUUGUACAAGAACAAAGGAUACGUUUGGCAGAAGAACUGGGAUGCACCCCUAGAUCUAAACUUGUGCUUGGCCAAACACAUGCACGACAACAUGGAUGAUGAGUUUAGUUUAAUUUUUCCUGUUGAUGCCAAUAACAAAACAGGAAUGUCAGUGCAGGAACAGAUCGAUAAGUUCAGUAUCUUCCAAAGGUGCACUGCUUACCCACAAUCUUCCAUUCUAUACCACAUGGAAAACUUCAUCAGAACAGAGGAAACCAAAGUGAAGGCAUUGCUCAAAAGAGAAGUUGUUCAGAGAAAGAAGGAAAUCUACUCCUCAAUCCAAAGAACAAUUCAGAAUCAAAUGACUGCUGGCUAUGAACUAGCUGCAAAUGAGAAAGGACAAGGAGCCAUGGAGAACAGGGAGAAAAAAAUAACAGAAACAAUUGAACUGUUAAAAUACAACAUGUUCAAAGAUGCAAAAAUGGAAGUUCUGAAGAAGUUCAAGGACUUAAAGGAUCUUAUAUGCAAGACCCUUGAAUCUACACUAAAGAGAUCACUAGAACACACACAAACCACAAUAACCACCCUGAUGGACGUCUCCAAAGAGAUUGAAAUCCUGGAGAGCCUGUCAAGGCAGGUAUUUAACUGAGGUCAUCAUUUAAAAGCAAGGACAAGAGAAACGGCAUCUCAGCAUUUUUCAGUAAAAGUUAUUUUUAGGAUAAAGGUAUUUGUAUUAUAAAGCAUGCUUAAAGCUCUAUUAUUAUGAUUUUUUUCCUCAAUCCUUUAAAUUGUUGUACCAAACUUUUGACUCUGUAACUAAACGCAUAAGAAAAACUAUUUUGAGGUGUACACUACUGCUGUUAUUGAAGAAUACAACUAAACAUAGGCUAAAGUAAAAUAUUAAAAUGAAUACUAUGUUACUUCAUAUGGAUUGCAACUUGCUUGUAGUUCACUGAUUAUGAUUAAGUUUGAAUUCUAAAUCCAGUUAAAACACACUGAGAAGCAGUAAGGUGUGCGGAUCAUUUAUUUUGUAUAUACACCAUACAGGGCUGGCCCAAACCUUAAUGGGGCCCUGAGUAGAAUUUUAUUUGGGGGCCCCUCGGUGCCGCCAAUACGACUGAUUAUUGUCACUGUUUGAUUAUUCGCACACUAUAAAUCUAACACAGCCAUUAUCAGUUUUAUUUGUUGUAUCUGUAUUGUUUUCAUCAUACCAAUGUCUGCUUAGCAUGUUUUUACCCUUCUAUGAUUUUUAAUUAUAUCAGUAGCAAACCCACAAGAGUGGUCAGGUGUUAAUUUGCACAUUAACAUUUAAAGUCUUA